AUGUUCCAGAGCGAUCAGAGGGAGCGAGUUGGCGAUGAAGAGAGCACCGCUCCAUGCACAUCCUCGUUCACAAGUUAUAAAGCGCUUCAGCCGUCACUCCAGGCCCAGGUAACGGGUCUUACGGAGAGCGACGGCGAGAAGACUGAAACUGAAAGUAACACAAAGUCCUCAGCUUCUACACCCGACUUAGCAAGCUUUGUAACAAGCCUCGAUGAUUUGGAUGCAACGCUGAUGCGAGGGAUUCCGCUACGCCAGACGCUGCAGUGGGGAGCUCAUCUUUGGCUUUCUGAUCCACGAUCCAUGAGUGCCCGCAAGAAGUCCAAGCUUUGGGAUGCUUCCAGGCCCACGAAAAGGUAUGACAAGUUUCUGUCGCACACGUGGGAGACCCGCGGCCGAUGGAAACUGUUAUCUCUUCUUCUGCGUUUCGGCUGGCCUGGCAUGAUGAUCUUCUGGGCCAUCGGGGCGAUGACUGGUUCCGUUCUUGUGGUACUCGAGGUGCUGCCACUCUUCACGGUGUUUGAGAUGCCGAUUCCAGCUAUAUGGCCUGGCAUACACUACACUCACGGCACUUCCAUCCCAUAUGGUUGCUGGGUGAUGCUGCUGUCCUUGGGUGGGGCCAUUAUAGGGCUUGUUGUCUUCCCAUACUUUCCAUACGUCGCUUCAGACAUCUGCUUCUUGGAUUUCGUAUGCGUUCACCAGACAGACAGCAGGAAGAUGCAGCAGGGCAUCAGGUCCAUCGGAGCAUUCCUUGCGUCAGCUUCAGAGCUGCGCGUGCUUUGGAGCGCGCCUUACCUACAGAGGUUGUGGUGUGUCUUCGAAUUAGCAGCAUAUCGCAAGCUCAACCCACACGGAAGGAUAGUGAUAUCACGGAUUAUGACGGAGGUUGCUGUUCUUCUGACGUUCAUCUGGGCGCAAUUGGGCGCUGUGGGGUUCUGGAUUGCGCGUGAGGGCACACAUGGUGGCGAGCUGUUGCGGUUGCUGCUGGUGGUCGUAUGUGUGGCUUUGCCGAUCCUUGCUGCAAUGGCGCUUGCGGCCGUGCAGAAGCAAGAUGCCGACCAAAAGUUGAGAAGCCAGCUGACAAGCUUCGAUGUGAUGAACGCGAAAUGCAGCAACGAGUUUGACAGACAAUGCAUCCAUGAUCUCAUCAUCACGUGGUACGGCAGCCUGGCUGCUUUCAACGAUUACAUACAGGGGCCAUUUUGCCUCGAAGUACUUCAGCUCAGACGUAGCCAACGCUGCAUUGAAGGCCACUACCUCAUCUUCUUGGUGCUGCCGAAUACCAGUUACUUUCUGGAAGGGUCUUUGGCUUUCUCGAUGUCCGGGGUGGCUGCUGAAGUAUCGAUAAGCUACUUCCUUGCUGUGGUGUUGUGCUUCAACCUGCUCUGGCUCCCAUCUGUCAUCGUAUUAGGAGCUUACCUCACCCAGCAGGGAAUCCGACUGGGCAGAUGCAGAAUCAAACCUUCCCUCUUGGAGCCACUCCUGAUCUGCCUUCUGUGCCUCAUUCUUCUGGCAGUCGGGAUCGGUGCCACAGUUGCCGCCGUCUUCCGUGGCAUAGAGAUGUCCAUCCUGUGGAGCAUCCUGGGUCUCGUCUUUGCUGCAGUGGUUUGGAUGAAAUGCUGGCGGCUUUAA